AUGCCUCCCGUGUAUUUAGCUCCAUCUCGCCCUCGAGCGUCGCAACAGACGCCUGAGGCUGACGCGCCUGUUGGUGACACUGUUUCGGCAUCGAGAGAUGAGAAUGCACAGUGGCUUCCACAGGCCGUUUUUGGCGAUGACGAGCUGCUUCCCACUGUAUUUCCUUCACUCGUAGGGUCGUCUGCGACAGACACAGUCGCAGAAACAGAGGCAACGGGAGCACGCACACGACAUCGAGACUCCGCUAUGAAAGAGGCUGAUGUUCACUUCAAGUGUGACCCCACGGUGGCAUCUCAGCCGCCUCAGAGCGCGUCUGAGACAGAUGGACGGGACGACGGAGAGAGCCCGUCGGGGCAGCAUGCCCAUCCACACAACGGGCAUCCGGUGGUUUACCAUCGUGCUGAAGCGCCUUUGCGUUCUUACUCGCUCAUGGAUAUCGAGAACGAUGCUUUUACAGGCAUUCAUGAAGAUGAUGUGGAGAACGCCAUGGGUCAUUGCCUGCGGAAUCUGCAAUCUGUUUUCAGUUUACUGCUUCUGUGUUUGGGGACGUCACUGCUGCUUCACUGGCCAGAAAUGCGGAACACAUCGCCCCUGCUGUUUUACUAUAUCCUUGGUUCAAUGCUUGCAGAAGUUGUUCUCGUGCUCUGUCUCGGAUGUUUCAUGUGUCUCAUGACAUGCCUCGUGGGAGAGGACGGAGCUGCCUACGGCAGUGUUAUGUGCGGCCUCCUACACCGUGUGGCCGAGGGUGCAACUCACUACACGCUUACAGGAGUCGGCGCUUACGCACUGUACAAUUUCAGUGACCUCGAGAGCCUGCUGUUUCAGUCGGAGGAGCACAUCCGAGAGAAGUUCAACUGGCUGCUGGUCUAUGUCGGAUGUGAGGUGGUUAUUUCUCUGCUGUAUUCUCUCCAGACUCUGGGGACCUUGUUCGGGAUUUUAAAGUUCGUCCUUGUCAAAAUUUACGCCAAGUUAACAGGCAGAGGAGAAGUGCAAUUUCAACAAGGCGACGGGCCCAUCAUCUACGCCUCUAUCGACCAGUACCGCAGAGCGUUGCCGACGAUGCGAAACCCCGUUGAGAUCGCAUUUGCGAGGCACCAUCAGCGAAGCCCCCAAGCCAGCAUGUCAAAGGAAAAUGGAGGCGUCGUAGACCUCGAAAUGAGUGAAGAUAGUUCGUACGGCCGAGACACUGCUCGGAGCACACAGCCUCUCCUCGUUAACCACAGAUGA